AUGUCACCAAUACAAGGAAAGGUCCAAAAAACAAUUGAAAACAGUACUGGAGAAUUGAUUAGUGUAGAAUCUAAAGCUUCUAAGUUAUGUAAAAGUCCUGCUGAUGCAGCAAGCCCUAGACAUGAAGAUGAAGAAAAAAAAAUUAAUGGGGACAUUUACAGGGCUUCAAUACAUGCUAAGGAUGCUAUUAUGUAUUCAGGAAUUUAUCUAAUGGUUGAAGUGGUCAAUUGUACAAUCCAAAAUUCUGUUAGUGAACUGGAAUCAAUUAUGAAACUGCAUCAGACUUUGAUAAGCAUCAGGGGAGCUGCAAUAGAUUAUCUUAAUGAGGCUGGAUAUAGUACAUCGAUUAGAACAAAACAUCUGGAUUGGAUUAAUCCAACUGCGACUACAUCAAGUAAAAAGAUCACAAAUCUAAGAAUCUUUAAAGAAUUAAGUUCAUAA